UUUCCGUCCUGAUCUGUUGAAAAGUGCCUAAAACCAGCAAAUAGAAAUGUCUGGGAGAAUGGACAAGGUUUAAACUUUUUUUUUCAGCAGCGCUGCAUCAAUACAAGAUUUCUGGCUGGAAAAGGUAAGCCAUUGUCAUCGCGAAAAGUGAUCAUCCGUGCGUAAAAAGCAGCUAUUUAGUUCCCAGGUGCGCUAAGGUAAAACUGAGUGCCACAGAACGCCCCGGCUUUCUCCAGCCACGUGGACCUCUCAAAACAACAACAACAUGUUAAGUCCUGUCCUCCCUGAUGCACUCAACCCACCCCCACCAACAAAACUCCGCGCGCCGUCCUUGCCGUGUCUCUCUCUGGCCCCGCACCAGCACCUCUCCAUCUCGUCGUACCAUUUGACUACCGAAGGAGGGGCAGCUUGGAUGACGGUCCCGCGGAGGGGAGGGUACGAGAGGCGGGACCAAAGUCUUCCCCACUUCUCGGCGCUGGCGAGUCCGGGACUAGGGUUGGAGAGAUCGCCGGGGAGCAUCGUCACCACUCCUGCACGGAGCCUCGCCUGGCCGAAUACUGCACUGUGCACACGUCGGGAUUGCAAAACAUUCCUGAGAAAUAUACCUGCUAUUUAUGGCAUGUGGCUGGUAACUUUACUCCUGCUGUAUUCUUUUCAAGAAGUGCACAGCGAGGAUGUGGUCUCGACGCGGCUGUACUUUGUGAAUGCUUCCCUGCAGAGAGUGACCUUCUCCAGCUCAGUGGGGGUGUCCCUGCCCUGUCCUGCGGGUGGUGCCCCCCAUGCCGUCCUCCGGUGGUACCUGGCCACCGGUGAUGACAUCUACGACGUGCCACACAUCCGCCAUGUUCACGCCAAUGGCACGCUGCAGCUCUACCCUUUCUCCCCCUCUGCCUUCAACAGCUUCAUUCAUGAUAAUGACUACUUCUGCACUGCCGAGAACCAGGCCGGCAAGAUCCGCAGCCCUAGCAUUCGAGUCAAAGCAGUGUUCAGGGAACCUUACACGGUUCGCGUGGCGGACCAAAGGUCCAUGCGGGGCAACGUGGCCGUCUUCAAGUGCCUCAUCCCCUCUGCUGUGCAGGAGUACGUCAGUGUGGUGUCCUGGGAGAAGGACACUGUCUCCAUCGUCCCAGGUAACAGGUUCUUCCUGACGUCAUAUGGGGCCCUCUACAUAUCUGAUGUUCAGAAAGAGGAUGCCCUCUCUACUUACCGCUGCAUUACCAAGCACAAAUACAGCGGAGAAACCAGGCAGAGCAAUGGGGCUCGUCUGUCUGUGCUGGACCCCACUGAAACCCCUCCUUCUGUGAUGGACAGUUUCCAGUCAGGAGAAGUACAAGUGGGGAGAAGCAUAGAGUUGCCCUGUAUCGCCUCCGGUUACCCCAACCCCACCAUCCGCUGGUUGAAAGAUGGAAGGCCACUUCCUGCUGACUCCCGCUGGACACGGCGACUGACUGGCCUCACAAUCAAUGACCUCCGGCUAGAAGACUCUGGAAACUACAUCUGUGAAGUCACCAACAGCUUCGGCUCCAAAGAGGUCACAGGACACAUUAAUGUCAUCGAGCCUCUGAGAGUCACAUUAUCCCCCAAGAACCUGAAAACAGGCAUCAGCAGCACAGUGAUUCUGUCCUGUGCCGUUCAAGGCUCGCCCCACUUCACCGUCUCCUGGUUUCGCAACACAGAACCCAUCGUGCCUGACCAGCACUUCUCCAUCCAGGGAGCCCAUAAUGAAACUCUCUUCAUCACGGCAGCCCAAAAAAGACACUCAGGGGCAUAUCAGUGUUUUGCCACCCGCAAGGGCCAGACCGCACAGGACUUCUCCAUUAUACUGCUUGAGGACGGCACUCCACGGAUCGUCUCGUCUUUCAGUGAGCGCGUAGUAGCCCCUGGUGAGCCCUUCUCUCUCAUGUGUGCGGCCAAAGGUGCUCCACCCCCCACCAUCACCUGGACACUGGAUGACGAGCCGGUAGCGCGGGACUCGGCGCACCGGGCCAGCCAGUACACGCUCUCCGACGGCUCCACUGUAUCACACGUCAACGUCACCAACCCCCAGAUCCGUGACGGGGGCGUGUACCGCUGCGCCGCACGCAACUCGGCCGGUAGCGCCGAGUACCAAGCGCGCAUAAACGUAAGAGGUCCUCCCAGUAUCCGGGCCAUGCGAAAUAUUACAGCUGUGGCCGGUCGCAACACGUUCAUUAACUGUCGUGUGAUUGGCUACCCCUAUUAUUCCAUCAAGUGGUUUAAAGAUGGGACAACGCCGUUGCCAGACAACCAUCGUCAGGUGGUGUAUGAGAAUGGCACUCUGAAGUUGAGUGAUGUACAGAAGGGUACGGAUGAGGGGGCAUAUCUGUGCAGCGUGCUCAUCCAACCCCAGCUCUCCAUUAGCCAGACUGUCUACGUCACAGUCAAAGUUCCUCCCCUCAUCCAGCCCUUUGACUUCCCUCCUACCUCCAUCGGUAAGCUGAUGUACAUUGCUUGCGUGGUGUCCUCCGGAGACAUGCCAAUCCGGAUCACUUGGAGGAAAGACGGGCAGGAGAUUGUGUCAGGAACAUCAGGAGUCACCAUCGAAACCAAGGAGUUCAUGAGCUCCCUUCAGAUCUCUAAAGUUUCGUUGCAGCACAAUGGAAACUACACCUGCAUUGCCAGCAAUGAUGCAGCAACUGUCAGUUCAGAGAGACAACUCAUAGUGACAGUUCCCCCUGGUUUUCGGGUUCAGCCCAAUAAUCAAGAUGGGAUCUAUGGCAAGUCAGAAGUUCUGAACUGCUCCGUGGAAGGGUAUCCUCCUCCCAAAGUUGUCUGGAAGCAUGCCAAAGGUAUAGGGAAUCCCCAGCAAUACCAUCCAGUUCCACUGACGGGUCGCAUCCAGAUCUUGUCCAAUGGAUCUCUGCUGAUCCGCCAUGUUUUAGAAGAAGACCGGGGAUACUACCUGUGUCAGGCCAGCAAUGGAGUGGGGUCUGACAUCAGCAAGAGCAUGAUGCUCACUGUUAAAAUUCCAGCUAUGAUCACAUCCCACCCAAACACUACCAUGGCCAUAAAAGGGCAAAACAAGGAGUUAAACUGUACUGCCCGAGGUGAGUACCCCAUCAUCAUUCGCUGGGAGCGAGGCGACACCGUUAUUGACCCUGACCGCAACCCUCGGUACUCCAUCACUACCAACCCCAACGAGAAAAGCGAUGAAGUUAUCUCCACACUGAAGCUGAAGCCAGCGGAGCGAGGGGAUUCCGUCUUUUUUUCCUGUCAUGCCAUCAACUCAUAUGGCGAGGGCCGAGGGCUCAUUCAGCUGACGGUGCAAGAACCCCCUGACCCCCCAGAGCUGGAGGUUCGAGAGGUCAAAGAUCGCAGUAUGAACCUCAGGUGGACACAGCGUUUCGAUGGCAACAGCAUCAUCACCAGUUACGACAUCGAGUACAAGAAUAAAUCCGACCCAUGGGAGCUGAAACAUGCCACCCGUAAGAUCUCGCCCACCAACAACCAGGCCAACAUUGUGGAGCUCCACCCGGCAUCCGUGUACAGCAUUCGCAUGUACUCCUACAACAAGAUUGGACGCAGUCAAGCCAGCAAAGAGUUGACCAUCAGCACAGAGGAAGCACCUCCUGAUGGGCCACCUAUGGAUGUGAUUUUACAGCCAAUGACCUCUCAGAGUAUCCGUGUCACCUGGAAGGCACCUAAAAAAGAGCUCCAGAAUGGAGUGAUCCGUGGCUAUCAGAUCGGUUAUAGGGAGAAUGGUCCGGGCAGUAAUGGACAAUACAGUAUAGUGGAGAUGAAAGCCACAGGGGAUAGUGAGGUGUACACCCUGGAUAACUUGAAGAAGUUUGCUCAGUACGGUGUGGUGGUCCAGGCAUUCAACCGAGCCGGAACCGGACCUUCCAGCUCUGAGAUCAAUGCUACAACACUUGAAGAUGUCCCCAGCCAGCCACCCCAGAAUGUACGGGCCAUCACUGUGACAUCAGAUGAGGCGGUGAUCACGUGGUCCGAGCCCCCACGGAUGACCCUGAAUGGGGUCCUGAAGGGCUACCGUGUGGUGUUCUGGUCCCUCUACCCCGACGGAGGUGGGUGCUGUGGGGGCCAGACACUGGGGCUCAAUCAGAAAUGGGGAGAGAUGCAGAACAUCACUACCACUCGUGAGCAGGUGGAGCUGAAGGGUCUGGAGAAGUUCACAAACUACAGCGUUCAGGUCCUGGCCUACACACAGGCAGGAGAUGGCGUCCGCAGCAACGUACUCUACAUACAGACCCGAGAAGACCACCCCGGUCCUCCAGCUGGCAUCAAAGCAGUGCCAUCCUCUGCCUCCAGUGUGGUGGUAUCCUGGCUUCCCCCCAUCAAGCCCAAUGGUAUCAUCCGAAAAUACACAAUUUACUGUUCCAGCCCUGGAUCGGGCCAACCGGCACCCAGCGAAUAUGAAGCCAACCCUGAGCUGCUGAUAUACAGAAUCACCCACCUGACCCGGGGUCAGCAGUAUCUGAUCUGGGCAGCAGCCGUUACCACUGCUGGUCGAGGAAACAUUAGCGAGAAGGUGACUGUGGAGCCUGCUGGGAAAGCUCCUGCUAAAAUCCUGUCUUUUGGAGGAACGGUGACCACUCCAUGGAUGAAGGAAGUCCGGCUGCCGUGCAGCUCAGUAGGAGAGCCAACACCCACCAUCAAAUGGACCAAAGACAGUGAGGACACUGCCAUCCCAGUCACUCAAGAUGGUCACCGGAAUAUUCUUUCAAAUGGUACCCUGGUACUGCGCUCUGUGAAAGCCGAGGAUUCUGGGUACUACACCUGCACGGCCACCAACACACUGGGGUUUGACACAAUCAUCGUAAACCUGCUGGUACAAGUGCCUCCAGAUCAACCACGUUUAACAGUUUCCACCACAUCCACAUCUUCAAUCACUCUGGCUUGGAUCCCUGGAGACAACGGAGGAAGUUCCAUCAGAGGUUUCGUGCUGCAGUAUUCAGUAGAUAACACGGAGGAGUGGAAGGACGUCUUCAUUAGCUCUAGUGAACGUUCUUUUAAGUUGGACAACCUGCGCUGUGGUACCUGGUACAAAGUCAAACUUGCUGCAAAAAAUAGUGUGGGAGCUGGUCGCAUCAGCGAGAUCAUUGAGGCCAAGACCCACGGCAGAGAGCCACAGUUCAACAAGGACCAGCCCCUUUUCACUCACAUCAACUCCACCCAUGCCCACCCCAACCUUCAGGGCUGGACAAGUGGCGGCUGCCCCAUCACUGCUGUCCUGCUAGAGUUCCGCCCCAAAGGCACCUGGGCCUGGCAGAGCGUGCGCACCAACGCCACAGCUGACAUCUUCCUUGCUGAGCUGCGUGAGGCCACUUGGUAUGAGCUAAAAAUGAAGGCGUGCAACAGCGCUGGGUGCGGAAACCAGAGCUCCCAGUUUGCUACACUGGAUUAUGAUGGCAGCACUAUUCCGCCUAUUAAGUCAGCAAGAGGGGAAGGGGAUGAUGUUAAAAAGCUUUUUUCUAUCGGCUGCCCUGUCAUCCUGGUCACAUUGGGCAUGGCCCUACUCUUCAUUAUCCGCAAGAAACGCAAAGAAAAGAGACUCAAGAGACUUAGAGAUGCUAAGAGCUUGGCUGAGAUGCUUAUCAGCAGUAAGAACAACCGAAGUUUUGACACUCCAGUGAAAGGCCCACCUCAGGGACCUCGACUGCACAUAGAUAUCCCCCGUGUGCAACUACUCAUCGAGGAUAAAGAGGGAAUCAAACAGAUAGGUGAAGACAAGGCCACCAUCCCUGUGACAGACACUGAGUUCAGCCAAUCAGUGAACCCUCAAAGUUUCUGUACGGGUGUGUCUGUGCAUCACCCCGCCCUCAUCCAGAACACAGGCCCACUGAUUGACAUGUCAGACAUCAGGCCAGGCACCAAUCCAGUAUCAAGGAAGAGUGUGAAGUCUGCGCACAGCACGAGGAACCGCUAUUCCAGCCAGUGGACUCUGACUAAAUGCCAGGCGUCCACACCUGCUCGCACUCUCACCUCAGACUGGCGGACAGUGGGCUCCCAGCAUGGCAUUACAGUCACAGAGAGUGACAGCUACAGCGCCAGCCUGUCCCAGGACACAGAUAAGGGACGAAACAGUAUGGUGUCCACAGAGAGUGCGUCUUCCACAUACGAGGAGCUUGCCCGAGCGUACGAACAUGCUAAGCUGGAGGAGCACCUGCAGCAUGCCAAGUUCGAGAUCACCGAGUGCUUCAUUUCUGACAGCUCCUCUGAUCAGAUGACCACCGGCACCAACGAUAACGCGGACAGCAUGACCUCUAUGAGCACACCAUCUGAACCGGGCAUCUGUCGGUUCACUGCUUCCCCACCCAAACCGCAGGACUAUGAUCGCGGCAAAAACGUGGCAGUGCCCAUUCCCCACCGCGCUAACAAGAGUGAGUACUGUAACCUCCCCCUCUACAUGAAGACAGACCCUUUCUUCCGAAAGCAGGCGGAGCUGCACGACCCCUGCCCUGUGGUCCCGCCCCGCGAGGCCUCCAUCCGGAGCCUUGCAGCCCGGGCAUACCAUACGCAGGGCCGCCACAUGACAUUAGACUCCUCCAAGCAGCAGGCCCUGACACUGAGCCACGGUGGCCUGAGCAGCCUGACCAGCUCAGGGGCCUCUGGUACAUCGGGCCCAGCUUCAAGCGGGGCCGCUGGGAGCUUCAGCAUCAGCUCAGGCACGGCCACCCUGCCCCAGAGGACUCUCACCAUGCCCAGCACCUCCUCCACCUCCUUGGCCCCAAGCGGGGCAGCAGCCGCUGGAGCAGGAGCCAGCACGAGCUCUACGGGAGGCAGCGGCCCGACGCCUGGCAGUUCCAAGGUCGGGGGAUCCAGAGACUCUCUGCUAGAGAGCAGCUCAUCUGGCCUGGGCAGACUGCAAAAGCAGAAUGCUGGGGCAUACUCAAAAUCCUACACUCUGGUGUAGCUCAAACACACAUACAGUACGUUUAAACACACACCUGGAGUCUGGGCAGGGGCGGAAAUUAACCAUGGCGGGACAGGGGUCUCCCUCUCUUUUCCUCUCGGUUUCCUCUUUCUGCUCUCCUUUUUUUAUUCUUCUGUUCAAGCUUUUAUAUCUGGCCUUCUCCAGGAUAAAAUAUGCCAAACCCCAGGACCUUUUCCCCUUUUCUCUUUUCAUAAUUGUGUCCUUCUCUCUUGCUUUCUUUCCCACUCUCCUUUCUCUUCUCUCUGUCAAAGACAUCUUGGACCUUAUGCACGAAAUGCUUUCCAUGUGCACUUGUUCAUUUGAUUUCACAACUUCAGAAAAUAGGGAAAAAAGCGGUUUUAAGAGAUAUAUCGUUUCACAUUAACCUGUCUAGAUGUGAUAAGGCGGUCAAAAAAAGUGUCUCUUUUUAUGUCUCUCAUACUGCAACGCAUUGCCUUGGAAAGCUUAUGCAUAAACAAAUCGACCACGGUGUCCCCCUUCCGCCCCUCCUGACCACAAAGGUCAGGAAAAACAGCUUGAAGAUGAAAGGCCCGACCACAUGAAUCGAGUUUUUGGGAUUUUUUCAUGCAAUUGAUGACACAGUAUAGAGUGUUAUUGACUAUUUUGUAAACAAACAAGAAAAAAAAUUGUGAAAAAAAAAAUAAUUCUGGAGCCAUUUUCACUGCGGACGUAUGGUUACAGUACUUUAAUUUGUUUUGUUCGGUUUUCUAUUUUCGACAUUUUGAACUUUAGCACUAAGGAGGGCCGGGUGGAUCCACUGAGCUUUCUCAAGCUCGUUUAUGUGUGUGUGCCCAUGUGUAUGUGUAUGUGUAAAUAUAUAGGCAUAUACAUGUGGCUGGCACACACCUUUAAAGGACCCCUCGACCAGGCCUGCACACUUGGUCUCUUGGCAUCAGAUCGGCUUGGAGAUGCCAGGUGCUGCCCACUGAGCUACUGAGGUCUAGAGUCCAUCUGAAAAUGGGGGGACAAGUUGGAGAGAGUAUUAAAAGGAAAGACAUAUCUCCCUUUUCAUCAUCUCUCGACUCCCUUUGAUAUGAAAGAAAGGCUCUUUUUUGUUUUUGUUCGUUCAUUCAUUCGUUUGUUCGAUUGUUUGUGAUUGAUGCCAUAUACUUAUCACCCCUCCUUCCCCACCCAGACCUCCCCCAGUAAGGUUAACACUUCCUCUGUCGCACUGUGAACGCCUAACAGCCUCUUCUGGAUGGACCGAAUGCAGGCAGAAAGGCAGGAAGAGGGCAGAGAGGUAGCGAGGAAGUAGAGACAGAUGGCCAUGAACAGAGAAGGAGAGAUAUCUGCUGUCGCUGUGUAGCUUUUCUGCAUUUAUUCAUUGUUUCUCUUUAUCUUUGCUUUGCUUCCCCACAUGAAGACUCUAGCGGUCGUUCCUAUUCAAAGGUCUUAGAGACUCUAGCUUUAGGUAGCGCAGGGGUGGAUUAAGGAGGGAAUAAGUGAAAUGUAGGAGGGGAAGGUUUAAUUCAACCCCUAAACGGAUCAAAAUGCCUUUUAACCCUCCUCUGUUCACUCGGUUUCCAAAGCAAAGCCCCAUCACAGAGAAACUUCCAAAAAUCGACAAACUCUCCCAAUGAUUUCAAAGGAAAAAAAGUACUACAUCAGGGCUCCUGCAAUACAAAAGAAAAAUAUAUUGCAAUGUUUGUUGUCAAAAUAUAUACAUAUAUAUUUCUAUCUAAAGAUAUAGUAAAUAUAUACGUGGUGAGAGCAGAGAUUUAAUGCCAUAUAUAAUUGAAAAAGAAAAAUGUUAUUUUAAAAAAGAUUUGAAGACAAUCGCCCAGUGGGAGGUGCAGGAGUAAACGAGAGGAGAUGUCGAUCACAAAACGCUGAGAUAAACGGGUAACAUAACUAAGACAGAAUGAAAAAGAACGACAGAGAGUGUGUUUCGACAUUCCGCGGUUGGGAAUUCUGGGAAACGACCUUUGAGGUUCCCAAACUAACUUCCUGUCAUCGUUAUAAUCAGUCGGGCUGCAUAGUGCAACACGCCUGUAUGGUAUGAAGGACACAUUUAUGGACAGUUCCAAACACACUCUCUACAGUUGCUUAGGAACAAUGGAAAUUUGCCACCGCAACUCCAGCUCAUAGAUGGACACCUGAAUCCAUGCACCAUCUCUACUAUAGUUUAAAAUACCCACAGUGCUUUGAGAGCUUUCUGUCAGGUCCUUAAAAAGACAGUUCACCCAAAAAUAAAAAUAAAAAAGUGGCCAUUAUUUACUUAUCCCCAUGUUGUUCCAAACUUGUAUGAAGUUAUUUCUUCAGUGAACAACAAAUGGAUAUGUUUUAAAGUGUUUUGGCUAUACAAUGAAAGUAGGGUGUCACAAUAUUCUGGUUCUGAUGAAAGAUAUACUGGACAUAAUAUUAGAAAUAAUACAUUACAUUACCAGUACUAUGUGGUUGACACUCUAACAUCGUAUGUGGUGGUAUUGCACCUUGAUCCCGGUAAACACAAAUCAUAAAAAAGUCAAAUGAAGAUGACGCAGUGUGUAGCUACUACUACCAAAAAAAAUCAUGUCAGAGCAGAUGACAGACGAGAGCGAGACACUCUACCUGCAACCAAAAAAAAUGUUUGCUAGUCAUCGAGGAAGCAUUUUUGGGGGGAGAUGGGAUGUUAGAUGCCCAAGUCUGCAGGAGGUGCCGAACAACAAAAACUUUUUUGUAUUCUUUUGUGCAGUUAUGGUACCGGCCUCUGCACCCUCCUACACUCAUAUUUUGAGUGAGAUUCAUUGGCAAAAAAAAAAUUACAAUUACUGAACAAUAUUUGUUCUUCUGAAAAUUUCUAUAGAUGAAGUAGUAUACUCAUUACUGUAAACUCUUUUGGCCACAAUAAUUGUGUAGUGAAAAUCUGAUUUUGUUUUUUUUUGACCGGUCUAAAUGAACAAAAUUUGGAUCCCAUUAACUUUUAUUGUAUGGAAUAAUUGAUGAAUAGUGAAUACAUUUUUGGGUGAACUAUCCCUUUUAGGUGAAAUUGCUCCUCUGAUUAUAAAAAUUUAAGCUUUCAGCACGUCUGAUAGGUCAUAUCCUAUAUAUCAGGGGAAAGAUUGGUACCUUUAUGUACUGCAUAUUUAUUGGUGGCUUAGAACAUGUAACCCCUGCAGACUUCAGCACUGGAAAUAGCACACAUUUAUUGUUUGUUCAACAGGAUUCAGUUUAAUGCAGCUGCCUGAGCACAUCUCAUGUUGGGAAGACUUGACGCAACAAAUCCUAAGGUACAGAGUAGAGACAUGUCAUGUUGGGUUUAAAAUUGAGCUGAUUGAACGAUAGUAUAUCUAUUUAUGGCAUAUGGAGAAAAAAAAUCUGACUGUCUGACACCAGGAGAUGUUUUUUUGUUGUUGUUUUUUUUUUUGAUGGCUUGAUAAAUUAGGAUUGUGUUGCGGUGUACAGAAAGUUGUGUAAGAUAAAUACAUUUGAUCACAAAGAUCUAACCCAAACUUGACAUAGAGUUGCGAAGAAUGUGGAAUUGUUUUAAGAACAGUAAAAGAAGUAUGUGUUCUCCUUAUUGCUGCUCAAAUGCCCACUGUCUGGGUCACUAAGACUGUCUGAUGGCAGACGUGCCCAGAGCAUUUUGCCAUGAAAAUGUUUCAUUAGGAUUAGACCGAAAUCUAUAUUAUUCAUUAUUCAGUAUUCAUGCCUGUUCAGGUGAAACAUCUUGUGAAAAUGUUCCCUUGACCACCCAGAAAGCCCC